AAACAAAAUAGCUAAUAAUGAUAAGUGGAUUGUUUGAAUAUAUUCCUCGGCGAGAUACUGUGGUAUACUAUAUUAUUAUAAUUAUUACAUUAUGGAUAAUAGUAUGGUAUAUUAUAUAUAUUAUUAGUGGAAUUCAUUUACAAUCUAUAACCAUUAAUAAUGGAAUUCUGUUUAAUGGAAUUACUGUGGUUAAUAAGAAGUAUCAUCUAUCUAUAAGGUCAUUACGCUUUCGACUAUGGGGUAAUACUCGAAUGAUAGUUAUAGACAAUGUAACAAUAGACUAUCAUCACAGAAAACCAUCUACUACCACUACCACCACCACUACAAAUUCAAAUGAAUCGAUAGAUAACCCAUUCACUAAAAGUCCCAAUGAUACUGAUUACAAAAUCCUCAUAUUCCCAUCAAAUUUCAUACUAAAGCUCAUCGCUCGAUUCUUAGUUCAACAUGUACCAAAUAUAGACAUUGAAGUUAGACAUUCGACUAUUAAGUUAACUCCAGUUCAAACAAUAAACAUUGAAUAUGUUCGGUUCCAAUUAGAAUCAAACUAUAGUGAGAAAUUAACUAAUCAUAUAGAUUACUCAUUAAAUUUAAUGAGUAAUGAUAUUAACUAUGUAAUAAUGGGGACUCCUAAACAUGCAGUAUAUGAUAAUACAGUUAAAUUGAAUAUUGAUUUUCUGAUCCAUUUAGACGAUGGUCUAUUAGAAAAUAUAAAGAUAUCAUCACAUUUCAAUGAUUUAAGACUUGUGAUAUUUACUCUUAUAAAGUUCUAUCUUGAACAACAUUCCUACUUUCAAGAUGAGUAUCCCACCAAUAAACUGCUGGUGACAGUACCCGAUACUAACAAUAUUGAUAAGCAGAAGAAGAAACGGGCCAAAUUUACUAAAUUGUUAUAUAUUUAUAAUCAUAUUCAUAUGGCACUUUCGGAAUUUUCAGUCCAAUUAGAAAAUCUAACAGUAAGUGAAAUACCGUUUGCAACUAUUGGAGAAACCCGAACUGUAAAGGAAUAUUUUAAACUGUGUCAUCCAUCAACUACAUUGGAUUUAUCUAUUAAGAAUAUUUCAUUCAAUUUCAUAAAGCUUGUUGAUCAUGCUGCUGGGUUUGAAGUAUUGUUUAAUCCUCAUGAUGAUUACCCAUUUCAUUUAACUAGUUCAUUACAGUUAUUACAAUUGAAUUAUACAACUUAUAUCAAUUCCAAUUCCAAUUCCAAUUCCAUACAUAAUAUCAAACAAGCCGAUGAAAUCCUUAAUAUUCCAAUCAUAUCCAUUACUUAUAAAACCAAUAUACUUCAUCAGUUAUCAAAGGGUAAAGGAUUUAAAGAUUGUAUAAUGGAAUUUUAUUCUUCGACUAGUAAUCCUAUAUUGGAUCUAGAUACAAGCCAAUUAAGUGAAGUUAUAUAUAACUUUGUGCUUUUGAAUAAGUAUAAGAAGCUUCGGAAGUUGAAGGUUCUUAAAUUAUCUCAAUCCAUAGAUAUUCAAAAUGCUCAAGAAUAUAUGGAAGACAAUGAAAAUGAAAAUGAAUAUGAUUAUGAAUAUGAAGAAUCCGAUGAAGAUACCACUAAAAUAGAUAUACAAACCAAUACAACCACCAAAGAUGAUAAUUCUACUACUAAUAUUCGUGAUAGAUUAAUCAACUUACUUAAUGCAUACCUCCCCACGUUGGAUUGUAAAUUAAUUGUUGAACAACCUCGAUUAGUAUUAAGACAUUCCGAUGUAAUUAAUAAAAAAAUGCAAUUAUUAAACUUUACUUAUUCAUUAUUAGAUUUUCAUUUAGUUACUACUGCUUCGAGAGAUUAUGAUACAAUUUGUAAUAUCCUACAUCCAGCCGUAAUUUAUCAUGAAAAGGUUGAGAAUAAUGAUUCUAACUCUCCAACGAAAACUCAUCACAUUCACGAAGUAAUUAGACUAAAGACAAUGGCUCUACAUUUAGAUAUUCUAAAGAGUUUAAAAAUCAAAUGUCAUUUGGAUCUUGAUGAAUUCUAUAUCGAUUUAUCCAAACUUGAUGUAUUAAUUGGAAUCAAUACUCUAUUAAAGGAUGUUACAGUAUUAACCGAAAAUGAUUUAAAUGUGGGAUUAGUUAAUUCAUAUCUUAAUGUAGCCAUAUUACGACUUAAAAAGGAUUUAAUUAGAAGAACUACUAGUACAAAUUUCGAAAGUAAAGUCCCAUUAGAAUCCAAAUUAUUUAAAGAAUUACCUAAUUGGUUAUUAGAAAUUAAAACUUGUAUUAAUUCGAGUCACAUCUCACUUGGAGCCAGAUCAGUAUUAAUUUCAAAGGACCAUAUUUCCCGGAUUUUAGGAGACAAUUUCGAGACGGACUUUGAUGAUGUCAAUUAUCAAUUGAGAAGUUUAGUAAUUAACUUUGAUAAGUUUUCGUUUGAUUUGAUGAAUAGUCAUAAUCAUAAGUCGUCCAAUGAUAUGAAUCAUCAGCCAACGAUUCCGGAUUUCUUAUCAACAGCCUUUACUGGAUCUGCCUCAGCUUCAGCUUCAGCUUCAGCUUCUGCUUCAGCUUCUCUGGAAACUUUAGCAAACUUUGAUGAAAGUGAUAACAGACCCAAAGCCAAAUCUAAAUCGGCCAAACCAUACUGGCGAGCAGUGUCGAAAUUAUCCAAAUUUAAAAUAUCUACCCUUAACAAUCCCUCCAGUAAUAAGCAAGAAGGGUUUAUUAGUAUUCCUAAAAUCGAUAUUAACAUGUUGGCCAUUCAGGAACAUAAUAAGGAUCAUAGUUUAAAAAUCGAUAUAGACAUUGAUGAUGUCUUGGGAACUUAUAAUACUUCCAAGCUAUUCAUAUGUGUAGGAUCACUAUUUGCCAUACGAGAAUUCAUUAUUGAUCCAGCUAAGUUAGCCCGAUCCAAAGUGAAGAUCAAGAAACAGUCAUAUGCCAAAAGAGAUCGAGAUCGAGAUCGAGAUACUAAAACACUUCGACAAGUAUUGCAAUUAGACAUCAACAUUAAGACUGUCGAUAUGAUGUUUCAAUUGAAUAAAGAUAUGAAGAUCAAGAUCCAACAGACCAAUGGAGUCAUACAGUUUAAUCGAGGGAUACUCCAAAUCAACAAUGAACUUGCACGAGUAUUAUCUGCAUCACCAUUAAUCGAUAAUUACUGGAGUCGAUUAUUAAGUAUUGAUAGUAUAACCAUACUAAUGGGAGAUAAGUCACGAGAUUUCAAUAUAGAAAUUCAAUCCGAUGGCAUUCGAUUGGUCCAACCUCAUAAAUUCAUUAUCUAUAAGUUAAUUGAUAGUAUAUCCGUAACAAUUAAGACAGCACGAUAUUUAAUUAAAUACCUUAAGGAUGCGUCCAUUAAGAAAACAGGAAUCAUUACUCCCAAUGAAUCCAAGAUCUUAUUACCUCGAAUCAAUAUUAAAUCUAAACGAUUAACGUUUUGGAUGGAAGAUGAUCCAUUUGAAUCGGAAUUGGGCAUGAUUUAUCAAUUGGGAUUAGUUGAACAACGCAAGCGAUUGGAACAGUAUUCAUUAUUUGAAGUUAGAGUUCAAACGGAUCAACCCAAACUUAAUAAGGGAGAUAUUUACACCAAAUUCAAACAUUUACAAGAGAAUAUAUCCAAUUCAUGGAUUAGAAAAGUGACGAGUUAUAAGGCCAAACUUCGAAAUGAAUUAGUCACUAAUAAGAAAUUCUUAUUUGGGAAUGAACCCAAUCUUGAACGAACUCUUAACAAUGAUGUAUUACCAUAUUCUAUUCAUGCUCCCUUACUAUUAAUCAUUAUGGAAAGAUUGGAUUUAAGUAUAAAGCAACCCAAUUUCAAUGUUAAAGAUUUAUCGAAAUUCAUUAAUCAAAUGGGUCAAGGAGUUCCGCUCGAUAGUAAAUAUUCUUUGAUGUUACCGAUGUUUUUACAGUUGAAACUUGCGGAAUUAAGAAUGCACUUACGAGAUUAUCCGUUAGCUUUAUUACAUGUUCCUCGCCAUAACAAUAAGGAUAUCCCCAGUUUGAAUUUAGAAGGGAAUCUAAUAAUUACUGAAGAAUUAGUAACCAAUGUUGAGAAUCUGAGACGAGUGAUAGUACCAUUGACUGAAACAAAUACAAACAAAACCAAAUUCGAAUCACUUACCAUCGAAAGAUCCUUAUCGUCUAUCAAGCUAUACGUCGAUAUGGGAUGUAAUUUUGAAUCCGAUCUACCAUCCCGAUUCAUCUGGGGCCAGUCAUAUCAAUUUGGAAUUCAACAAUUCAUGUUAAACUUUGAUCAAUUCUCUAAACCUCCCAUUGAUCCAUCAUUAAAGCUUGGAUUUUGGGAUAAGCUUCGACUUUUAAUGCAUGGAAGAUUUCAAAUUAAAUCAAGAAAGAGUAUAGAAGUGGGAUUCAAAGGGUCAAGAGAUCCUUAUGAUUUAAUAGAUACUGCUUCAGGAUUUGUAUUAGCAUUUAGAAAGAAUGUUGUAUGGAAAGUUAAUGCUAAUGAUGAUUCAACACAAUUCUUUGAUAUUAAUUCUGAAAAAGUUUCAUGGUAUAUUCCCAAUUAUAUGGGAGCUCCAUUAAUAUCAUGGACUCGAGAAAGUUCUAAGGCUGUGUCAUUAGCAGAUUCAGAUCAAUUCAUUACAUCUACUUAUAGUUAUUAUUUAGAUGAUGGAACUAAGGGGAAUAUCAGAAAGGGAACUACCGAUGUAUUUGAAAAGAAUGUAGUAAGUUUAAGUGGAGGAGUCAACUUUAAAGUAGGAUUCUUAUUACAACGAAAGGAUAAACAUAAUGGAGGGAAAAGAACUGAACAAUCUCGACCUCAUUAUGAUAUAAAAUUAUUUAAUCCUCAAUAUACUAAAGUAGGACAUGAUUCUUAUGAAGGAUUUAGAAGUGAAUAUAUUCAUAUGGCCAUCUCAUUAUAUGCCAAUAAAGAUGAAAGUUAUAAUUCAAUACAUUUAACUCCCGGAGUAUUUAAACAUUUCUUUGAUUGGUGGCAUUUAUUUUCCAGUAAUAUGAUAUUACCCGUUCGAAGAGGUUCAUUAUUUGGAGAAUUAAAGGCUUCAGCUAAAUUUUCUCAACAUUUAUUUACUAAUAAAUUCAUGUUUAAUUUGAAAUCUUUAUUUAUAUCUCAUAUUUAUCGAGAUGAAACCAUUGAUCAUGAUGAAGAUAGAGUGGAAUGUAUAGGAGUAAGAGCUCGAGUUGAUAGUUUUUCAGUGGAUUUACAUCAACGAAAGGAGCCACGAUUUGAAAUCAAUGAAGGAUUAUCUCGAAAUAAAAAGAUUAUGAAGAUGAAUUUUAAUAUUGGAGAGGUUAGUCUAAGUGGUAUAGAUUUAAGAGUUAUUCGAGCAUCAUUUAAACAAGAAUUAUAUAAACCCACCACCACCACAACCAAUGAAUAUGAUCCCACAAAGAAUAAAUAUAAGAUCCAUGAUGAAGAUCAUCAAUGGUUUGAUAUCCACGAUUUUCAAGAAGUUACGUUACCGAGUCUUGAAAGGACUGAACGAGAAAUUCAUAUUUAUCCCCUAAUGUAUGCCAAUCUAUUUACUUACUCAAGAGAUACUCAUUAUGAUUUACUGAAUAUUGAAAAUGUGGAAAUCUUUGGUAAUGAACAAAUACAUCCGUGUCAAUUGAAUUCUAAAAAUAUCUUUGAACCUCAAAUUGAUAUACUCAAAAGAAGAAUUAGUUAUUUAGAGGCACAAAUGAAAAAGUAUAAGUAUAAAGAGAAAUUAAUUGAACAAUUAACGAAAAGAAUUAAAUUUUUAAAUGAAGAAAUCUCUCAUACCAAACGGAAAUGGGGACACUUUAAAAGAUCCAUGUCUAUAGCGUCAUUAAAUUCCGAACAACGAGAUAAUUUUCAUAAUAAAUUUUCAUUUGUAGGUAUGUUACUUAAAUGGAAUUUUGAUAGUAGAAAUAAUGUAUUAAAGUAUAUUCAUUUUGUUAAAUUAAAGGCUAGUUUAAAGAAGUAUUUAUCUUAUGAUGCUAUUCAAUCAUUAGAGAAAUUAAUUAAUGAAGUUAAUUCCAAAUUUAAUCGGGAAGAUAUGUCGAUUGUAUCGGAAACAGAGUCAGAACCAAUUAAUAAAAGUAAAAGUGCAACUGAUUCAUUACCUAAAUUACCUCAAGUUAAUGCUGCAGAUAGAAUGGAAAAAUUCGAUCAAAUCUUAAGACGUCAUAAUAAGAAUAAUGAAACUAUCAUGGAAGAUUAUUUAGUGGAGAUAAUCUCUCCUCAGAUUCAACUUCAAAGUGAAGAAAAACCGGAUGCAGUAGUUAUAAUUGCCGCUCCAAGUAUUGAUAUGAAAGUUGUAUCUGUUGUGGAGAAAUCUUCCAAUCAAUUACUUAUAAAACCUGAUGAAUUAGAAGCAAGAUAUGGUACAUUAUUAAAGGAUGCUCUGAUAUUUGUAUUAGAUAAAUCAGAAUUAAAAUCUGAUAAACUUUUACUUGAUAGAACCACUUAUGGUUCUACCACCAAUUGGCCUCCAUGGCUUGCCAUUGAAAUCUGUAAGAGUGGAUUAUUUGCUGAUAAACGGAAAUUAUUAAUUGAAAAGUCCUCAAUAAUGAUUACUUAUGAUGAUAUUAAGACUAGUGGUAGGAAUUGGAGAGUUAAUGAUGAGAAUGAGAAUGAGAAUGAGAAUGGAAAUGAGAACGAAAAGGAAAAUGAAUCGAAAUUAACUAUUGAAAAGGAUACCCAUGUAAUGGAAGACUCUCUACAAAGAGUCGAAGGAGCCGUUAGUAGAUUAAAUGUUGAUAUUCCCAAACUUAUCCUAACUUCAACUUCUGGCCAAUAUACUACAUUAUAUGUGAUACUAUUGAGUUUGAUAUUUUAUUCAGAACCAAUGAGUAAAAGAAUUAGUACUAAACUUGCAGAAUUGAAAUUUUCAAUUGAUUUUCAAGAUUUACAUGCUUUAUAUUUACGAUUGGUUAAUUUACAUGAAUACUAUAGUAAAAUGAAACUUGUUUCACGAAAUUAUUCAUUCCGACAGGGAAAAUUAACUAAUGAAGAUUUAAAUGAUCAUCUUCAACUUAAUUUAGAAAAGGGGGAGAUUGUUACGGAAAUCUUUUUAUUAUUACAAACUUUAUUAACUGGAGAUAUCUCUCAAGAUUCAUCAGUUCGAGCUAAUGAAUUUUGGUUUAUUCGAGCUGAUGAAAUUAUAUGUCAUUUCUUAGAAGAUGAUAGAACUCCAAUAUUAGAUUUUGCAUUAGCUAAGGGGAAAUUUAAAAGAACUGUAAUUGAAAAUGGUUCUAAUAUUAAUAGAAUUGAAAUUGGAGUACUUCAAGGAUUUAAUUUAAUUCAAAAUGCUCGAUAUCCUCAAUUAAUUGAACCAUACCUUCCUAAGGGUCAAGAAUUUGAUGAUAGUAAGAAUUUAAUUACCGUUGAUUGGACAUUAAAUCGAUCCGUUGGAGGUAUAAAAGUGAUUGAAAAUAUUGAAAUAUCAUCGCAGCCGUUAACAGUCAAGAUUGAUGAACAAACUGGCGAGAAAUUGAUGAAUUUCAUUGUAUCACCAGAUUCUGAAGAACCUGAACAUUCAGAAUUUACAAAUUUUAGUACUGAUAAAAGAAGUAAAUUAGAUGAGAAUUCAGAUGAAGAUUCAGCACCAUUUGGAUUUGUUGAAGAAUUGGAAGGAGUUAAUAAAGGAGUAUCAUUUGAUGAUCGAACUUUUGAAGGUAGUUCAGGUAGUGGAGCUAGAAGAUCAAUGAAUAGACAUAUGACUAGAUUAUCGGAAAAGAAUAAUGGAUCAUUGGCUACUGAUUCUAGUGAUUCUGAAUAUCAGGAUCAAGUUAAAGAAAUGAUUGAUAGAUCUAAGAAAUAUCUUUCAAUUAUAUCAUUAAAAGUUCAUCCAAUAUCGGUACUGAUAUCAAUUAAAUUAAGUAAAGGUUAUAAACGAUUAUUUAAUGUUCAAAAUUUAUUGAUUGAUUUACCUGAAUUCAUUGUGGAAGAAGAAGUUCUUUCUAUGUUAGAUCUUAGCAAAUUAAUUGAAAAGAGAGUAGUAAAGACAUUAAUUAAUCAUGGAGGUAGAGUUAUUAAAAACAAAUUAAGUGCUAAACGUCAACAAUCCAAAGAGUUUAUGCUGCAGCCAUUAAGUCCCAUUAAGAAGUAUGUGAAAUAUACUAAAGUAUCGGAAUUGAUUUGAUUUAGUAACAAGUAUUAAG